AUGGAGAACCGCCGUCUGGGUUACUACGUACAAUCCCACACAUACGAUCGCGAUCCCAAGCGAUGGCUGUCAAUGCUCCCGCUCGGCGAGCCUAGCCGACACACUUCUCACAUCAUCAUAUCCGCUUUCCAUCUGAACUACACCAAGGACGACGGCGCCGGCAACCACAAGAUCUACCUCAACGACGAGAUCUACGACCAAGGCGACAACGUCAGAGUGUGGGAAGAAGCCGCCGAGCUGCAGCAGAAGGGCAUUCUCAUCUUUGGGCUGUGCGGCGGGAUCUGGGAAGCGACUGGCCUCGGCGGCGGCGAUGCCGAGUUCGACAAAGGCUACAAGCUCAUCAAGGACAUGAUCGCGGCCAAGAAGCUUGACGGCGUCGACCUCAACGUCGAGCCCCACAAUCCCAUCGGCGUGCAGGACAUCGGCAACGAGGGAGUGAGGAAGGUAAUCAAGAAACUCAAGGCUGACUUUCCGCAUUUGCUCAUCACCAUGGCUCCUGGCGGCGGCGAACUGCUGAGCCCGGGGGGACUGUCCGGGGUCGAUUAUCAGACACUGUUCCGAGAGGAGGGUAUGCACGAUGCUAUAUCGUGGUUCAACGUGCAGCUGUACAACAACUGGGGAACGCUGGAUGUGGAUGAGUUCAGCAGCUAUGUGGCCGCCGGCUUCCCGGCAAACAAGCUCGUUCUGAACUUGGUGGGGAACCCCGACCCGGAAGAAGCUGCCGAUGGCUGGAUUGAUGGGCCGACCAUCAAGACGGGUGUCGAGGCGAUCAUGAAGAAGUUCCCGGGCAUGGGCGGCAUCGAUUGCUGGGAUUGGUACAACGCCACUCUUGAUGGCAAGGAGCCCGUUAAGCAUCCCGAGGCUUGGUCUGAUUUUGUGAGCGCUGUUCUCUUCCCCGACGGCCACCACAACAGUGCCUCAUGA